UAUAAUUUCAACCUAAGGAGCAAGGGUGCAAUCACUAUCACUAUGUUUUACAAGGACUGCUAUUACCCUAUAAAACCAAACAGGUUGUGUUUCUGUUACAUUCAAAACAAGGCAAAAGCAAAGGAGGACUUCCUAGAGAGGCAAAGCAAUGAGGCCACCAAGUUCUUCCAUCCACUUUCUCCUUCAAAUUCUUCUUGUCUUUCUACUGCACAGACCCAGCUUUGCAUUGAAAAAGUCAUAUGUGGUGUACUUGGGAGCCCACUCACACAAGCCAGAAUUAUCCUCAGUUGACUUCAAUCAAGUUACACAGUCCCACCAUGAGUUUCUGGGAUCUUUCUUAGGAAGUUCUAAUACAACCAAGGACUCCAUCUUUUACUCAUACACAAGGCACAUCAAUGGUUUUGCUGCAAUUUUGGAAGAAGAAGUAGCUGCUGAGAUAUCAAAGCACCCCAAAGUGUUGUCAGUGUUCGAGAACCGUGGGAGAAAGCUACACACCACUCGAUCAUGGGAUUUCAUGGGGCUAGAGCAUAAUGGGGUGAUCCAAUCCAACUCAAUCUGGAAGAAAGCCAGAUUUGGUGAGGGUGUCAUCAUUGGAAACCUGGAUACAGGUGUUUGGCCUGAAUCAAAGAGCUUUAGUGAGGAAGGCUUGGGACCAAUUCCAUCAAAGUGGAGAGGAAUCUGUCAUAACGGAAUUGAUCAUACUUUUCACUGCAACAGGAAGCUAAUAGGGGCAAGGUACUUCAACAAGGGCUACGCCUCAGUGGCGGGCCCCCUUAACUCCUCCUUUGACUCGCCACGUGACAACGAGGGCCACGGGACCCACACCCUAUCCACAGCUGGCGGGAACAUGGUCGCACGUGUCAGCGUCUUCGGCCAGGGCCACGGCACAGCCAAGGGUGGCUCACCAAUGGCACGUGUGGCAGCCUACAAGGUCUGCUGGCCCCCCGUCGCCGGCGACGAGUGCUUCGACGCCGAUAUCUUGGCAGCCUUCGACCUCGCCAUCCACGACGGCGUCGAUGUCCUCUCCCUCUCGCUCGGUGGCUCGGCCUCCACGUUUUUCAAGGAUAGUGUUGCCAUCGGAUCCUUCCAUGCCGCCAAACAUGGCAUUGUGGUGGUUUGCUCCGCUGGCAACAGUGGGCCUGCGGAUGCCACUGCGGAAAAUCUUGCACCCUGGCAUGUUACGGUUGCUGCCAGCACCAUGGAUCGACAGUUCCCCACUUACGUUUUCCUUGGUAACAAUAUCACCUUCAAGGGCGAAAGCCUAUCAGCUACGAUAUUGGCACCCAAGUUCUACCCAAUUAUUAAAGCUACAGAUGCUAAAUUGGCGAGUGCAAGAGCUGAAGAUGCGGUGCUGUGCCAGAAUGGGACCCUGGAUCCCAACAAGGUGAAGGGAAAGAUCGUGGUGUGUCUCCGAGGAAUAAAUGCAAGAGUGGACAAGGGAGAGCAAGCUUUUCUUGCUGGUGCUGUGGGAAUGGUCCUUGCUAAUGACAAGACUACUGGGAAUGAAAUUAUAGCUGAUCCUCAUGUCCUUCCUGCUUCUCAUAUCAAUUUUACUGAUGGCAGUGCUGUCUUUACGUACAUCAACUCAACCAAGUUCCCAGUGGCAUAUAUUACACAUCCAAAGACUCAGUUGGAUACUAAGCCAGCCCCGUUUAUGGCAGCCUUUUCAUCAAAAGGACCAAAUACUAUCGUGCCCGAGAUCCUAAAGCCUGAUAUCACUGCACCAGGGGUGUCAGUUAUAGCGGCCUAUACUGAAGCCCAAGGACCAACCAAUCAAGUGUUCGACAAACGCAGGAUUCCAUUUAACUCAGUUUCAGGCACAUCAAUGUCAUGCCCUCACGUUUCUGGCAUUGUGGGACUGUUGAGAGCCUUAUAUCCUACGUGGAGUCCUGCUGCUAUUAAAUCAGCAAUCAUGACCACGGCUACAACACUAGACAAUGAGGUGGAGCCACUACUGAAUGCUACUGAUGGCAAGGCAACACCAUUCAGUUACGGGGCAGGACAUGUUCAACCAAACAGAGCAAUGGAUCCCGGGCUAGUUUAUGACACAACAAUUGAUGAUUACCUCAACUUCUUAUGUGCUUUAGGUUACAAUGCGACACAGAUCUCAGUGUUCACAGAAGGUCCAUAUCAAUGCCGCAAGAAAUUUAGUCUCCUCAACCUGAACUAUCCCUCAAUCACAGUCCCAAAACUCUCUGGGUCAGUGACAGUUACAAGGAGAUUGAAAAGUGUUGGCUCUCCAGGGACGUACAUUGCUCAUGUUCAAAACCCGCAUGGAAUCACCAUUUCUGUGAAGCCAAGCAUCUUGAAGUUCAAAAAUGUUGGUGAAGAGAAGAGCUUUAAAGUAACCUUCAAGGCCAUGCAAGGAAAGGCCACAAAUAACUACGUAUUUGGAAAACUGAUAUGGUCAGAUGGCAAGCAUUACGUCACGAGUCCAAUAGUUGUGAAGGCCCUCUUAACUAGAAAUUGAAGUAAUUGAUGCAAUUUAGCUCAUUUUCAUUUCUAAUUGAUUGGUAGCCUAUUCUAAAUUGUAUGAUAUAUCUUCCAAACUAGGGCUUCUUUGAGAGUUAUCUCUGACAUUGAUUGAUAACAAAGAAACCAGCAAGUGGCUUUCUUUGGGUGUACUUUUACUAUGAUUCCAAGGAGAAAUAAAACCUAACACGUUCAUUCUCCUCCUAGAUAUAAAAUCUGGGAAGUUUCUUAUUCUAAUCAUAUUUCAAGCCUUACUUGUUGGCAUUAAGUUUCUUACAUGGCAUGUUAAAACCUCAUGUUGUAGUCUAUGAUGUAAGAAUAUUGGUUCUUAGUUCAA